CAGGAAUCCUACUUAGCCUGCCAGGCAUUAACCUUGACUGUAAUUGGGUCCCUCAGAGUAAUGACGUUUUCAGAGAACCUUCAGGGACCUCUACUUUGUUUAGACACCUUGUGUGGGUGGAACUUCCUGUUUACACAGAGAGCAGCAUAAAGCCUGGUUGCUCUGAGGAAUGUUUGGGACCAGACCAGACCAACUGCAGGGAGUAAGGGACAACACAGCCAGGUCUCCUCCGGCCCCUUCUCCCUGCAGCAUGGGGAGGAACAAACUCCUUCAGCCACGGCUUUCUCUCCUUCUUCUGGUCUUCCUGCAUGCAGAAGCCUCAGUCUCUGGAAAACCGCACUAUAUGGUGCUGGUCCCCUCCCUGCUCCACACUGAGACCCCUGAGCAGGGCUGCCUCGUUCUGAGCCACCUGAAUGAGAUGGUGACUGUAAGCGCCUCCUUGGAGUCCCUCAGAGAGAACAGGAGCCUCUUCACUGACGUGGUGGCAGAGAAGGACUUAUUCCACUGUGUCUCCUUCACCGUCCCAAGAUCUUCAUUCAAAGAGGAGGUAAUGUUCCUCACUGUCCACGUGAAAGGACCAACCCAUGAAUUCAAGAAGCGGACCACAGUGCUGGUUAAAAACAAAGAGAGUCUAGUCUUUGUCCAGACAGACAAACCCAUCUACAAACCAGGGCAGACAGUGAAGUUUCGUGUUGUCUCGUUGGAUGAAAAUUUUCACCCCCUGAAUGAGUCGAGUCCACUAGUAUAUAUUGAGGACCCCAAAGGAAAUCGCAUCGCACAGUGGCAGAACCUCAAGCUAGAGAAUGGCCUCAAGCAAUUGACCUUUGCCCUCUCGUCAGAGCCCAUCCAAGGCUCCUACAAGGUGGUGGUACAGAAGGAAUCAGGUGGAAAAGCAGAGCACCACUUCACUGUGGAGGAAUAUGUGCUCCCUAAGUUUGAAGUGCAAGUUACAGUGCCAAGGAUAAUCACUAUCUUGGAAGAAGAGGUGACAGUGUCAGCGUGUGGCCUAUACACAUAUGGGAAACCUGUCCCCGGACAUGUGACGAUAAGCAUGUGCAGAAAGUACAGUAACCCCUCUGACUGCUUUGAUGGAGAGUCACGUGCCAUCUGUGAGACGUUCAGUCAGGAGCUAAACAGCAAGGGCUGCUUCUCUCAGAAAGUAGACACCAAGAUCUUCCAGAUGAAGAGACAAGGAUUUGAAAUGAAACUUGAAGUGGAGGCCAAGAUCCAAGAAGAAGGAACAGAGGUGGAAUUCACUGGAAGAGGGUCCACUGAAAUAACAAGAACCAUAAGCAAACUGUCAUUUGUGAAAGUGGACCCGUACAUUAGACAAGGAAUUCCCUUCUUUGGGCAGGUGCUCCUAGUGGAUGGGAAAGGUGUCCCCCUGCCAAAUAAACGCAUCGUCAUCACAGCGAACGAAGCCAACUAUGCCUCUAACGCCACCACCGAUGAGCACGGCCUGGUGCAGUUCUCCAUCAGCACCACCAACCUCACAGACACCUCCCUCACUGUCAAGGUCCAGCACCAGGACGACAAUACCUGCUAUGGCUACCUGUGGCUAUCAAAGGAACAUGAAGAAGCUUAUCACACUGCUUAUCUCGUAUUCUCCCAAAGCAAGAGCUUUGUCUACCUUGAGCCCUUGCCUCGUGAACUGCCCUGCGGCCAAGCUCAGACAGUCCAAGUGCAUUACGUUCUGAAUGGACAGGUCCUGCAGGAGCUGAAGGAGCUUGAGUUCUAUUACCUGAUAAUGGCAAAGGGAGGCAUCGUCCGAACAGGGACUCACGUAUUGCCCUUGGAGCAGGGAGACAUGAAAGGCCAUUUUUCCAUGUCAUUCCCUGUGGAGUCAGACAUUGCUCCCAUCGCUAGACUGCUGAUCUAUGCCAUUUUACCUGAUGGGGAAGUGAUUGGAGAUUCUGCAAAAUACGAGGUUGAAAACUGCCUGGUCAACAGGGUGAAUUUGAGCUUCAGCUCAGCACGAAGUCUCCCGGCCUCCCGAGCCCACCUGCGAGUCACCGCAUCCCCUCAGUCCCUCUGCGCCCUCCGCGCCGUGGACCAGAGUGUGCUGCUCAUGAGUCCUGAGGCCGAGCUCUCCCCCGCCUCGGUUUAUAACCUGCUACCAGUAAAGGACCUCAACGGUUUGCCAGAGAGUUUAAAUCAACAGGAGGAAGAUGAUGGAGACUGUAUCAGUCACCAAAAUGUCUACAUCAAUGGGAUCCUGUAUUCCCCAGUAACAAAUACAAAAGAAAAAGAUAUGUAUAGCUUCCUACAGGACAUGGGCUUAAAGGUAUUUACCAACUCAAAGAUUCAUAAACCCAAAUUAUGUCCACAACCUCAACAAUAUGAAGUACAUUCAGCUCAAAGACUAUUAUUAUCUUCUCCAGCCUUAGUGGAAAUGGGACGAAGACAUGAGAUUAGGAAUAUGAUACACAUUUCAGAGCCUCCCACAGAGACACUGCGAACGUACUUCCCUGAGACGUGGAUCUGGGACUUGGUGGUGGUAAAACCGUCAGGUGUGGCUGAACUAGAAGUGACAGUCCCCGAUACCAUCACUGAGUGGAAGGCAGGGGCCCUCUGCCUGUCCAGCGACACUGGGCUUGGUCUCUCUCCAACUGCCUCUCUCCAAGUUUUUCAGCCCUUCUUCGUCGAGGUCACAAUACCCUACUCUGUGAUCCGCGGAGAAGCCUUCACACUCAAGGCCACUGUGUUAAACUACCUUCCCAAAUGCAUCCCGGUCAGUGUGCAUCUAGAAGCCUCCCCGGAAUUCCUAGCUGUCCCAGGGGAGAAGGAACAAGAGUCUCACUGCAUCUGUGGGGAUGGCCGGCAAACCGUGUCCUGGGCAGUAACCCCAAAGUCAUUAGGAAAUGUGAAAUUCAGCGUGAGUGCAGAAGCACUGGAUUCUCAAGAGCUGUGUGGGACUGAGGCGGCUGUGGUCCCCGAACUCGGAAGGAAAGACACAAUCAUCAAGCCCCUGUUAGUUGAACCUGAAGGAUUGGAGAAGGAAGCAACAUUCAGUUCCCUGCUUUGUCCACCAGGUGACAAGGCGUCUGAACAAUUAUCUCUGAAGCUGCCACCAAAUGUGGUAGAAGAAUCUGCCCGAGCCUCUGUCUCAGUAUUGGGAGAUAUUUUAGGCUCUGCCAUGCGAAAUACACAAAAUCUCCUCCAAAUGCCCUAUGGCUGUGGAGAACAGAAUAUGGUCCUCUUUGCUCCUAACAUCUAUGUUCUGGAUUAUCUAAAUGAAACACAGCAGCUGACUGAAGAAAUCAAAUCCAAGGCCAUUCUCUACCUCAACAUGGGUUACCAGAGGCAGUUGAACUACAAACACUCUGACGGCUCCUACAGCACCUUUGGGGAGAAGCAUGGCCGCAGUAAGGGCAAUACCUGGACAUAUUCCAUACCAGCAGAAUACAAGGAGAUGAUUAACAGCAUUCUCGGAAGGGAGAUUACUCAAAUCUCCAUCUCUCUCUCAUACUUACAGGGUGGAGUGGAUGAUGAAGUGACCCUCUCUGUCUACAUCACCAUCGCCCUUCUGGAGAUUCCUCUCCCUGUCACUCACGUCGUUGUCCGCAAUGCCCUGUUCUGCCUGGAGUCAGCCUGGAAGUCAGCCAAGGAAGGAGCCCACGGCAGCCACGUCUACAUCAAGGCACUGCUGGCCUAUGCGUUUGCCCGGGCGGGUGACCAGGAAAAGCGGAGAGAAGUUCUCAAGUCACUUCACGAGGAGGCUGUGAAUGUGAAGGAGGAUAACUCCACCCACUGGACACGACCGCAGAGGCCCGGAGCGUCGCGGGGGCACUUUCACCGGCCCCGGGCCCCCUCUGCCGAGGUGGAGAUGACGGCCUACGUGCUGCUGGCUCACCUGACGGCCCAGCCCGCCCCGACCCAGAAGGACCUGGCCUCUGCCACGCGCAUCGUGAGGUGGAUCACAAAGCAGCAGAACUCCCAGGGCGGCUUCUCCUCCACCCAGGACACAGUGGUGGCCCUCCACGCCUUGUCCAGAUAUGGGGCAGCCACUUUCACCAGGACUGGGAAGGCUGCACAGGUGACCAUCCAGUCUUCGGGGACAUUUUCCACGGAAUUCCAAGUGAACAACAGCAACCUCCUGUUACUACAGCAGACUUCACUGCCAGAGGUGCCUGGAGAGUACAACGUGACCGCAACAGGACAAGGGUGUGUUUACCUCCAGACAUCUUUGAAAUACAAUAUUCUCCCGAAAAAGGAAGAGUUCCCAUUUGCUCUGGAGGUGCAGACUGUGCCCCAAACUUGUGAUGGACCCAAAGCCCACACCAGCUUCCAGAUCUCACUGAAUGUCAGUUACACUGGAAGCCGUCCUGCCUCCAACAUGGCAAUUGCUGAUGUGAAGAUGGUAUCUGGUUUUAUUCCCCUGAAACCAACAGUGAAAAUGCUUGAAAGAUCUAACCACGUGAGCCGGACAGAAGUCAGCAACAACCACGUCUUGAUUUACCUGGAUAAGGUGACAAAUCAGACUGUGGGCUUGUCCUUCACAGUUCUGCAAGACGUCCCAGUAAGAGAUCUGAAACCAGCCAUAGUGAAAGUCUAUGAUUACUACGAGACAGAUGAGUUUGCAGUUGCUGAGUACAAUGCUCCUUGCAGCAAAGAUCCUGGAAAUGUUUAAAGAUCACAUCAAUGAAAACUGCUUUGCUAGAGUCCCUGUUCCACUAACUCAGGUCUCCAUGGAGCAAAAGAGUCUUUGAAUCUCUGCAGGCUUGAUGAAUAAACCUUUGUUUCUGGUCAGCUCUA